AUGGAGAAUGUGAGUGCCGAACUGGCUGCCGACUUCUUCUACGACAACGUCGUUGUGACUGCGGACGACAUGUACUACGGUCCCUUCGUUGACGACACGGCGUGCAAUACCGCCGGUGACGCGGAGUGUGGGGUGAACUACGGGGCGACGCUGCUUUCAGUGUGGUCGUUUGCCCGUGCGCUGGACCCCGCCGUGCCGGUACUGUUCCCUCCCAUGACGCCGUCGAUGAAGUACGUGGAGCCCGUCGCGGGCGGCCUCACAACGCUGCAGCUGCUCGGCAUCAUCGUCGGCUGCGUCGCUGUGCUUUUGCUUCUUCUUGCUCUGCUCCUGGUGUUGCUGUACCGCCGCCGAGAGUCCCGUAAAAACGCGAAUGCGCCGAAGGAGCCGACGGACCCCGUGACGCUCGUGUUCACCGACAUCGAGAGCAGCACGGCGCUGUGGGCUGCGUGCCCCGAGUUGAUGCCCGACGCCGUGGCGACGCACCACCGGCUGAUCCGCGCGCUGAUCGCGAAGUACCGCUGCUACGAGGUGAAGACGAUCGGCGACUCGUUCAUGAUUGCGUGCAAGAGCGUGUUCGCGGCGGUGCAGCUGGUGCGGGAGCUGCAGCAGGUGUUCGUGCAGCACGACUGGGGGACGGGCGCGCUCGACGAGGCGUACCGCAAGUUCGAGGAGGGCCGGGCGGAGGAGGACGCGGAGGGGUACGUGCCGCCGACGGCGCGCCUGGACGCCGCGGUGUACCGGCAGCACUGGAACGGCCUGCGGGUGCGUGUCGGGGUGCACACCGGGCUGUGCGACAUCCGGCGCGACGAGGUGACGAAGGGGUACGA